CCUGGGCUGGGAGGAGAGUUUUUUUGGCCGGGCUGGGAGAGGCUCAAAGCGAGCGCGGAGCUGGCGGGAGGAGGAAAGACACGAAGCAAGCCCAGGCUGCCGGAAGAAGAAGACGGCGGUGACGAUCCGGAUCCAGCGAUGCCCUGCUGGCUCGACCAUGUAAACAGCUGACAGCAACAUUCGGAAGCGCCUCUUUGCAGAGAGAGAGAGAGAGACUUCGGAUCGGGCGGGAGAUCCAUUACCGCGGCUCGCUUUCUCGCUCUCCGCCCCACUUUUGUUCCUCCCCCACCCUCCACCCCAGGCUGGCAGUGGGGGCUGGCGCUCCGGCUGCUAUGGGGCUGCCUACGUUGGAGUUCAGCGAUUCCUAUUUGGAUAGUCCGGAUUUCAGGGAGAGACUGAAAUGUCACGAGGUGGAGUUGGAAAGGACCAACAAGUUCAUUAAGGAGCUCAUUAAGGACGGCAGCUCUCUCAUUGGGGCGCUCAGGAAUUUAUCGAUGGCAGUGCAGAAAUUUUCUCAGUCACUUCAAGAUUUUCAGUUUGAAUGUAUUGGAGAUGCUGAAACAGAUGACGAAAUUAGCAUUGCCCAGUCAUUGAAGGAGUUCGCCCGGUUAUUGAUUGCAGUAGAAGAGGAGAGACGGCGGCUGAUCCAGAAUGCUAACGAUGUUUUAAUAGCACCACUGGAGAAAUUUCGUAAAGAACAAAUUGGUGCAGCAAAAGAAGGAAAGAAGAAGUUUGACAAAGAAAGUGAGAAGUAUUACUCCAUCCUAGAGAAGCACUUAAAUUUAUCAGCAAAGAAGAAGGAAUCACACCUGCAAGACGCAGAUACCCAGAUCGACAGAGAACAUCAAAAUUUUUAUGAAGCAUCAUUAGAAUAUGUCUUUAAAAUCCAAGAAGUGCAAGAGAGAAAGAAGUUUGAAUUUGUUGAGCCCCUUUUGGCGUUUCUUCAGGGAUUAUUUACGUUUUACCACGAGGGAUAUGAGCUGGCCCAGGAGUUUGCACCAUACAAGCAGCAGUUGCAAUUCAAUUUGCAGAACACCCGUAAUAAUUUUGAAAGCACGAGGCAGGAAGUAGAACGACUCAUGCAGAGGAUGAAGUCUGCCAGCCAGGAUUAUAGGCCACCAAGCCAGUGGACAAUGGAAGGCUACCUCUACAUACAAGAGAAACGACCUCUGGGAUUCACCUGGAUCAAACAUUACUGUACUUAUGACAAAGGGACAAAAGCAUUCACAAUGAGCCUUUCAGAAGCAAAAUCUGGAGGGAAAGUAAACGGUCUUGUCCCAAGUACACCAGAAGUAUUCAAGUUGAAAUCCUGCAUCCGGCGUAAGACAGAUUCAAUUGACAAGCGCUUCUGUUUCGAUAUUGAAGUCGUUGAAAGGCAUGGGAUCAUUACACUACAAGCUUUUUCCGAAUCCAACAGAAAGCUCUGGCUGGAAGCUAUGGAUGGAAAAGAACCAAUUUAUACUUUGCCAGCUAUUAUUAGCAAGAAAGAAGAAAUGUUCCUAAAUGAAGCUGGUUUUAACUUUGUAAGAAAAUGCAUUCAUGCAGUGGAAACAAGAGGUAUCACAAUCUUGGGGUUGUACAGAAUAGGUGGUGUGAACUCCAAAGUUCAGAAGCUGAUGAAUACCAUAUUUUCCCCUAAAUCUCCUCCCGAUAUGGACAUCGAUAUGGAAAUUUGGGACAAUAAAACUAUAACAAGUGGGCUAAAGAACUACCUUAGAUGUCUUGCAGAGCCAUUGAUGACCUUCAAGUUGCACAAGGAUUUCAUUGUUGCAGUUAAGUCUGAUGACCAAAAUUAUAGAGUGGAAGCUGUCCAUGCCCUUGUUCACAAGCUGCCAGAGAAAAACCGAGAGAUGUUGGACAUCCUGAUCAAGCACUUAGUCAAAGUGUCAUUACAUAGUCAGCAAAAUCUCAUGACCAUUUCCAACCUUGGAGUUAUUUUUGGUCCCACGCUGAUGAGAGCUCAAGAGGAAACGGUGGCUGCUAUGAUGAACAUCAAGUUUCAGAAUAUUGUGGUUGAGAUUCUCAUCGAGCAUUAUGAAAAGAUAUUCCACACAGCCCCGGACCCCAACAUCCCUCUUCCGCAGCCUCAAUCCCGCUCAGGCUCAAGACGGACAAGAGCGAUCUGCCUCUCCACGGGCUCCCGCAAGCCAAAAGGACGGUAUACCCCCUGCCUAGCAGACCCAGAUAGUGAUUCAUACAGUAGCAGUCCAGACAGCACCCCAAUGGGCAGCAUAGAAUCGCUCUCAUCUCACUCAUCAGAACAAAACAGCACCACAAAACCUGCUUCUUCUCAGCCCAGGGAAAAAGCAGGAGGAGUUCCAUGGAUUGCCUCAACCCCAUCAUCCAAUGGACAGAAAAAUUCUGGCCUUUGGACCACAAGUCCUGAAUCCUCCUCAAAGGAGGAUGCAGCAAAAACUGAUGCAGAGUCUGACUGUCAGAGUGUUACUUCUAUCACUGAUCCAGAAAAUGUGACCCCACCAGUAGACCUGACCAAAAGAGGGCUGUAUAGCCUCUCCGGAAUGAAAAGAUCAACGGCUUCAUCCACUAGGUCGAUCAUUUCUGCUGAAGGUAACAAAAGCUGCAGUGGUUCGUUACAGAGUCUGGCUUCUCUAGAUACCAAAGAGACACCAAAGACCCCAGAAAACCCAGACCUGCCUCCAAAAAUGCGCAGAAGACCCCGAUUAGAUACGACAUCAAGUAAUGGCUAUCAGAGACCAGGGUCUGUGGUAGCAGCUAGGGCCCAGCUGUUUGAAAGUGGCUGCUCACUUAAACAGGCUCCCCUAGGAAGGCAAGCCAAGGCCAUGUAUUCCUGUAAGGCCGAACACAGUCAUGAACUCUCCUUCCCUCAGGGGGCGAUAUUUUCCAAUGUAUAUCCAUCUGUGGAACCAGGAUGGCUAAAAGCAACAUAUGAAGGCAAAACAGGACUCGUUCCAGAGAAUUAUGUUGUCUUUCUGUAGUAAUAGUUAGUGGACAGCAGUAUCUUCAUGGUAUCCAUGGUAACAAGCAAUAAGCACUAUGAUUAUUAUUU